ACAAACCGAGCUUCUUUUACGUACGUAUUUUCUGGCCCGCUCGAUGUGAUGCCUUCGGUAGUUACAAUGCGAUUAACUACUUUAAAUUAAUUUCCAACACGUUUUUAACGGAUUAUACAAUUCCCUCCGUAUACUGAAUGUGCCGUACAUCAUGAACGAGAAUUGCCGAUUGUGUUUAAACAUAGUUAACAGGAAACGUACCACAAUCGGGCAAAGCGAAUUUCGUACGAUGAUGGAGACAGUUUUCUCCUUCUCGAUAGUCAACAAAGAUGGUUUGCCCAUGUAUGUAUGUACGGGAUGUUCUUCCGCUGUUCGCAAUUUUUUCAGCUACAGCCUAAAAGUGCAACAGAACCAACGGUACCUGGAACAGCAGUAUUGUACAUCCAAUAAAACAGAAUCGUCUAGCAGAGUUGCGAUUAACGAUUCCCCCGUACAUCAUCAUUCUGACAACGAUGACGGAGAAGAAGCUUUAUCCAACUUGGAUACAGAUAUUUUAACCGUCUGCAACACAUCACUCGUUGAAGAUGAUACACUUUUAGAACUGUCCACGACACAACUUUCCUCGCAAAAUAUUAGCAUACACAGGCAAAGACAAUGUGGUAAUGCAACCAGCAUGAACAAGCAACUAAAUUCCGACCUUCGGUACACUUGCGAUGAGUGUGAAUUGGUACUUUCUAACAAAAUCCAACUGUACAAACACCGGCGCGUUCAUCAGAAGAAAGAAUGUCCCGUCUGUAAUAUGCUGUUUAGAUCAGAUAAAAUUAAAGAUCACUUCACUAAGAAGCAUCCCGAUGUAAAACUGCUACAAGCGGAUGGUGAGUUUCGUUGUGCAAAUUGUCAGGAAUUGUUUAAAACUGAGGAACAACUCAACCAUCACCUCCGGUUACCAGAUCAGUUAUUGAUCAGAUCACUAGCACAACACAGCGGAAAUCACUUGCCAAUGUGCAAUUCUGUGGGUAAUGAGUUGGAUCUACUUCCCGGUGAAGGCAAUAUCGAAGUAAAAGACGGUAAUACGGUUGACAAAGAACGCGUAUACUAUUGUACGAAAAGGUACAAAUGCUGUAAGUGUGAGGAGAAAUUCUUUGAUAAGCCGCAACUAAUCCGACAUCAACGGCUUCAUCGUACGACAGAGUGUCCGAUGUGUAACAAAAUAUUAAGAACGGAUAGAAUUAAGCAACACAUAGCGACAUUACAUCGAAAGCACGAUGGAUCGCCGAAUGAGCUGUUCAAAUGUAUGGAAUGUAAAAAGUUGUUUGAAAAUGCAUCGCAACUAACAUUACAUCGAAUCACACACAAAAAGAUGGUGUGUCCAGUAUGUAAAGAGACGGCCAGUUCUUCUCACAUUCAAAAGCAUUUAAAAUCAUUCAACAGCGUUGCUUUAUCCGAAGACUCUAGUGAGUUCACGGACUGUAUGGAUGAAACUGAUACGAAACGCCUCCCCAUUCAGUGUGAUGAAUGUGGACGAGCCUUUCUAACUAAAUACCAACUUCGUAAGCAUCUACGUGUUCAUCUAAAGAAGAAGUGUCCAGUAUGUCAAAAAUUGGUACGUUCGAAUACGAUAUUAGCGCAUAUAGCUUCGAAACAUUCCAAACAGCGGACAAAUGUUGUGAAAGAAAAAUUAUUUCUACGGGACAUUUCUCCCACGCGAUAGUAAGAACCAUUUUGCAAUUGACGCAGCUACAAACCAAACCUAAUUAAAUAGAGUUAAAUAGGAAUAGGGUAUUUAUUCUGAUCAAGCAUUGCCAUUCAUUUACGAAUCAAUAUCACGAUCGUUUUGAGAAUCUUAGACGGCAAGAUCGGUAACUCUCUUACGAUGGAUUUAUUUUUACUUUAUUGAACAAACCAGAUGUAAUCCAACGUGAAGUCUGAUCUUUAGAUGCUAUCCAAGGCACAGACAAGGCAAGAGAAAAUCGACAAAGGAAAGUCAAAAUAACCGGAUCUGAUUUAGGAUAAAUUUAUUUCAUGUUAAAUUCAUUAACUUUUAUUAUAUUUGCUGAAGAACUGAAUUAAUCUUCAAUUCGUUCAUUAUUUGUGUAUAUCUUUUGUUGCUAUUUUUAAGCCUUUCCAUUAGCUGCAAUUGCAUGAGUUGAGACGAGUUGAGACACCUUCAAAAUAUUUCUUUACUCCACCAAAAGCUAAUUCGCAUUCAUCCCACGCUUGCCUGAGUUUAGUGGUCUAAUGUUUGUUACAAAAAAGUGUACAUUUUUAGAUAUUUUUUUUUUCGUAAAAAUGACUUAUUUUUUAUCUGGUAUAUGGUGCUAUUUUUGUAUUUUUUAAAGAACGAUAACUAAUCUAAUAAAACGAAACUAGUUACAUUGAUUUUUUUUUCUCUAAUUAAUAUUAAAAAUUAUACGUUUUUCGACCUCUGGGACUAAGCUUUUAUUUACAUUUAAAAUAGAGACAAAGCAUUCACGCCGCAACAUAAACCAGGAACCUCUCGGUGCUCAUUUUAGCAACAUAAAUCAAGUUAGGGCUGAUCUUUCUAUAAUAAAAGAAAAGAUGAAAGGGACAUCAUCCAUCAUUAGGCUGCCAAUGAUUAAAACUACACAGCAAGAACACAUGAUUCGAUGAGCAUACAGAAAAUUAAUCAUCACGAAACGUGGUAUUCAACCGGUUCUUUGUUCAAGGAUUGUGUUGCGAUGGGGUAAUAAUUACAUUGCUGCUGCUUUGCAUAUUUCCUUCGCAAUGCAAUAUUGAAGGAUGAGUUACAAUUUCACAACAACAUUUGUUUAGAGACUGAACAAAUGUACACAACAUGCAUUUCAAAUGGAAAUUAAAACUCGUACGACAACAGAAAAAAAAUACUGCUAAACAUUUUAGCUUCUGUUGAUAAAAA